UACCUCGGCCGCGAGACAGCCAGUGUCACUGCCUUAUUAGAAAUCCUCAACGCCGUUCUCCAGUGCACCUCGCCCACCUCUCAGCGUCUCCCCUCCCCGCGACGGUGGGGUGUCGAGACACAACAUCACCGCUUCCUCCCCAGUAGCUUUCGGCGGGGCAGGUUCAAUUUUCCUUUGAAGUCAGGCGCGCCGCGGACAGCUCAGGAUGCGGAAGGGGCAGCGAAGGCCCCGUCAGACGGCCGUUGACGUGUCGGCGGGGAGCGGCGGCGGGAGCAUCAUGUCGAAGGUUACCUUUAAAGUGACGCUCACCUCGGACCCGCGGCUGCCUUACAAAGUGUUAAGUGUGCCUGAAAGUACCCCUUUCACAGCUGUCUUGAAGUUUGCUGCAGAAGAAUUCAAAGUUCCUGCAGCAACAAGUGCCAUUAUAACAAAUGAUGGCAUAGGAAUAAACCCAGCACAGACAGCAGGAAAUGUAUUUCUAAAGCAUGGUUCAGAUCUACGGAUUAUUCCCAGAGAUCGAGUGGGGAGUUCUUAACAUCUCCUGAAAGCUUUGGAAUAAGUGACAUUGCCAUGCCGCGAAGGUCUAUUUAUUUUGGAACUCCAAAAUGCGACUAAUGAAUUGGCCUUUUAUAAAGCUAGUAAAAAUGACUUCCCAGGAUUUGAUUUUUUUUUAUUUUUUUUUUAAACAGAGAUAAGGUUUCAUUUUCUUAUUAAAAUAUAUUGACUCAUGCACUGAUUCUUCCUGGACUAGUUGAAAAAGGGGCUGAUUGCAUGUUAUGUUCCUGAAAGCAAUCUGGAUUUCUUUGUAGGUGUUACUGACACCACAAGGGUAAACACACAGCCACAAUCAAUAGAUAUUUAAAAUAUUGGUUAUUGUUGAGCCUACUUUGUGGAAGAGGGAACUGUGUUAUGAUUUUGCUACAAAAAAAUUGUUCCUACUGAGUGCUAAAACUUUUUUAUUCCCACUUCUCCCUCCCCGCCCCCAAACUUACUUUCCAUGUUCAGAGGAACAGUUUUCACAUAGUUCAAGAAUUAAGCUCACAUAGAAGGGAGAUUUCAGGGGUCAUUCAUUACUCAAAUAAGUAAAUAACUGCCAAAUGUUCCAAAGUCAUUGGAAGAUUUAAUUGCUGCAGGUAUUUUAGAUAAAGGAGAAAACAGGUUUUUAUGUGUUAAAACUUCAUUUGAUGUAUUGUGAAGCUAAAGGUAAUUUCAGAGAAUUUAUGAGACCUAAUCUCCUCACAGGAAGUGCCAUCAGAUGAGAAGGAUUGCAGCAUAAUCUGGGAAUAUGUAGGAACUGGUCAAAUAUAUCAUUCCUUUUUCAGUAAACUAAUGCUGGUUCUUUUAAAAAGUCUUGUUUUAUUGCUGCAUGUUACAUGGGAAACAGUGUAGAAUUCACUGAAAUGUUUGUGUUCAGAUUAUGUGUUUCUUGCUUAUAAAUUGCCAGGGGUAAACUAUCAGUUGUGUAUUUUAAUUAGAGAAAAUGCUGCUUUCCUUGAUCUUGUAAUCUACUUUGUGAUUAAUAUAUUUGGCAAAAUCUUACCCUGUUGCAUUUUUUCCUAUCCUACUGAGUUUAACAGAAAGAACAAUGGGCAAUGUAGUGCUUGGUUAAAUAAGUAUUGUCACAAAUACAACUGUCCUGUGCAAUAAUCGUGCUUUAGAACGAUGUUCAGAUAAUGUGUCAGGUGGUGCAGAAGUACAAAAUGCCCUUCUGAGGGGGUGUAAAUUGAGUUCAUAGAGGAAAACUCUUCUGAAAGUGAUAUAUGACUAUAAACAUUUUCCAGCUCUUAAGAUGAAUUGUAAAAUUCUGGAUUUUCCUUUAUUUUAAUAAACAAUUGUAUGAAAAAAACAA